AUGACGUUAAGUGGUGAAGAUGUCCUUGGGUUGGCUUCAAGCAAUAAUGAAACAAGUGGACUUAGUGGCCGUCCAUCAGCCCCAUUGAUGGCCUCUCCUCCUCCUCCUCCACCGUCCCCGGCACCACCUUCGCCACCAUUGCCGCCGCCGCCGCCGCCACCACCACCUCCCCCUCCACCGUCACCGUUAUCACCCCCUCCACCACCAUCACAAUUAGCACCACCUCCGCCAAGAAAGAAACUGCAGCCACCCCCGCCACCAAGGCAUCGAUUGAGCGGAAAUGACAAGAGAAGGAGAAGGCAUCCACCACCACCACCACCACCAUUGAAGAAUCACCAGAUGAAUACAGGGAAAAAGAUUGGGGACGAUAUUCGCCGUCAAGUCUUGCCUCUUGCAACCUUAAGAACCGCAACAACUCAACCAGGACCGAUAUGUAUAUUUCUGUUGUCGGCUGCGAGUAGAAAUACUGGUAAUAGCAUCAGGAUCCGUUUUUAUGUAGUUGGGCUAAAGAAGAUGAGCCAGCUCAUCAGAUUGGCCACUGACGCUAUUGAUGACGCAUAG